AUGCAGCCUGCCACCUUGGCAGUCACUAUCUUCCUGCCCUGUUGUCUGGCCCUUCCAGUGCUCCCUGCUACAGAUCUUGAAGGAUGGGAUAUUGUCAAGGAUUGUUUCCAUCAACUCUUCCUGACCAAGAAGGAGUCACCAUGCCUUACCCAGGAGAAAGAAACACAGUUCCUGCAACAGUUCCAUCGGAAUGGGACAGGCCUACUAGAUAAGCAGAUGUAUACUAUGCUACAGCAGCCCCGCUGUGGGUUACCUGCUGGGGGUAACUCCCCCAUCUCCUCAGGAGGGUCUAAAUGGAAUAAGUACACUCUGACCUACAGGAUUAUCAAUUACCCAGAUGCUAUGAAGCCAUUCACAGUGAGAAACAUUAUAUAUAAUGCACUUUCCAUCUGGAGCAACGUGACUCCCCUGACGUUCCAGCAGGUACAGAGUGAAGAUGCAGACAUCAAGAUUUCUUUCUGGAAAUGGGCCCAUGGAGAUGGCUGGCCCUUUGAUGGGCCAAAUGGUGUCUUAGGCCAUGCCUUUUCACCAAAUUCUGGAAAUCCAGGAGUUGUCCAUUUUGACAAGGAUGAACAUUGGUCAUCUUCAAACAGGGGGUAUAAUCUCUUCCUGGUUGCGAUUCAUGAGAUAGGUCAUUCUCUGGGCCUGCAGCACUCUGGGAAUCAAAGCUCCAUAAUGUACCCCACAUAUUGGUAUCAGAACCCUAGAACCUUCCACCUCAGUGAUGAUGAUAUCCAAAGAAUCCAGCAAAUUUAUGGUCUGUUCCUGCUGGAGGGAGGGUGA